CACGUAGCCAACUUCCAUGGGUUGGAGACGUAACAUGUAUAAACUGCCCCCUGACCGGACCUGCUAUUUAACAGGUGUAACAGCAAGUGCAGCAAAGUCGUCUUUGACAGAUCCAGGACUGGAGUAUGCGCUCAAUCUGGGGUUUAAUCGCCUUGGUGGCCACAGCCACUUUUUACUUGUAUCUGCUGUCUGCGUUCCUGCCGCCGGGUCCUCGUGCCGUCCGCGUUCACGACGGUGAACCUGAACACACAGUCCAUGACGAUGAGCCGGAGGAGGAAAUACUCAGGUUGAAGUUCCCAUCUGAUCUGGAGGAGUUGAGGGAACUAGCCGAGCUGCUGCAGUUCUAUAAGACAGAGCACACUGGCUAUGUGUUCAUUCUCUUCUGCAGUGCCUACCUCUACAAGCAGUCCUUUGCCAUUCCAGGAUCAUCUUUUUUGAACAUGCUGGCGGGGGCAUUAUUCGGGCCAUGGCAUGGAAUCCUUAUUGCCUGCACUUUGACAACUGUGGGUUCCACAAACUGCUACCUGCUGUCCCGUACAUUUGGCAAACGCCACAUCAUCAGGAUCUUCCCAGAGAAGGUGGCAAUGCUGCAGAGAAUGGUGGAAGAGAACAGGAGCAGUUUGUUCUUCUUCUUGCUCUUUCUGCGGUUCUUUCCCAUGACACCUAACUGGUUCUUGAACAUCACCUCUCCAAUCCUCAACAUCCCCAUCCCCAUAUUCUUCUUCUCCAUCCUCAUUGGUCUAAUCCCUUAUAACUUCAUCUGUGUCCGUACGGGAGCCAUCUUGUCUGAGAUCCAGUCUUUGGAUGACAUCUUUUCGUGGGGCACCUUGCUGCAGCUCCUGCUGAUCGCAUGUGUGGCUCUUCUUCCUGGAGCUCUAAUCCGCCGCUACAGUCAGGCCCAUUUCAAACUUGACGGCCUGGAACCCAACGGACACCAAAAGGCCUUGAAUGAUCGCAAGACUAAAUGACCCAAAGAAAGACACAGGAGGAGACAGAUCAAUUUGGGAUAGAUCAUCGCUGUGGAGUUACACCUGUGGAUUGGGUUAUGAAGGUCCCAAUGGAAAGUAGAACUGAAAUGGACAGAUUAUGAGACAGGUUAUUAGAUUUUUAAUGGAAAUAAAAGCGCCAAAGAAGAGACUAUUAAUGUCUUAAAAGAGUACACACUCAGAUUGCUGAUUUGCUACAUACAGGCCACUGGACAUUGCCUCAUUUUAUAGAAAUUUGACAGCUUUAAGUUUUUUAUAAGAUUUAGUUAUAUUGUCAGGUGUUGUUUAGCGACUAUGUUUGUUUCUAGAGUCUAAAUAUCUUAGUGUCAUGCGUUUUGAGUAUGUUUACACAUUUAACAAAAGAAAACUAAAGAUUAGUUACUCCCCUUAAAUUAUGUGAAUGUUAUGCUUGAGAAAGAAAAACACAACCCACAAAUAUGACCCAUACUGGGUUCAUAACAUGAACACUCACAAUAUCUAUUUUUUUGAGUAUUAGACAUACACGUUAUGUUCCAGGUUUACUCGUACUGUAUGUAACCCGAGUCGUUUUUUUCAGGGUUUUUAAGGCGGAAAGAGUGUGUCUUAAGGCUAUUAAAAACCUUAUUUUUUAUUUUAUUUAUUGUUUUACAAUAUUUACUAUACAUUAACCUAGACUAGAGCACCCUACAAGCAUGAUGUACUUUUAUUUACAACUUAGUGCCUUAACAAAUAUUGACUUGUGCACUGAUCUUUACCAGAUGGGUAAAUCUACUGGAGUUGCACAGUACAUUCAGGGAUUGUACAGACUGCUUACGGUUUUAUUGGCUAUAUUAUUUUGUCAUCUAUCUGUGCUUGCAUACAGUAGCUAAAAAAAAAAAAAAACGCACACUACUAAUUUUUCAUUAUCAGCACGUCAACCUUUAAGUUUGAUAGUUGUUUCUAUGGAGGAUAUGAUAUUAUUAUUUGAUUAUAUUGAAAAAAAAAAAAAAGAAUUUCCAUUGCAAUAUGCAAUUUCACAAAGGUCUACUACUGGUGCUACUUGUUUAAUCACUGCAUUACAGAAGCUUUGUUUUCAGAGUCAACUUUGGUUGGAAAAAUAAAUAAAUGUCUUAAUGUGUACUUGUUUUGAGUUUUGAAGGUUUUAUGUUUUAUAAUAAAAGCUGUCGCUAGCUUAAAAGGUAUAACUUCUGUUAUAACCAAGUUAUAACUGCUUGAAUAAGUUCAAAACCAUUUGAAUUCAAUAAAAAUCAUUGAUAUGAAAUGUUAACCUCAUUGUAACCUGGUCCAGGUCCAGACUUUUUUAAUUUUCAAAAUAUUUCUACAGAAUUCUACACAUGCAUAUUCCAUGUGGGCUUAUUUAAAAAAAAAAAAAAAAAGAUAUAACUGCUGGACAAGAAUACUUUGAUAUUCUAUCAUGUUGCAAUGCAUAGACAUCUGGGUUUUGCUUUAACAAUCAGAAUCUUUGAGCCAUCAAUGACACAAAUAAUCUUAAUAUAAAGAUGAAGAAACGCAUUAUCUUUUUCUUUUUCAAGACUCUUUAUUCCUCAAAUCAUCGAGGAGGGUUCCUGGUCUCCUUCCAGGAAACAUAAAAGUGUAUUGAUGUGUGUUCACUCACAUAGUCUUAUUGUCCCCCGCCCCGAUCUGAAAUUAGUUUUAUUAUCUACAUCAUUUACAUUACAUGAUGUCAUUAUAAGAGUUAAUCUCAGAUCAGCAUUAAAAGCCUUAUCAAACACCUAAAAGUAUAUACGGUACAAGUGGUUUAUAAAGACAUUUUGAACAUGGUAGAGCAUGAAAAGAAAGACAGCUGCAGAAGUUUUACGGCAAAGAUUAUGUUUCAUGUACACGUUUUCUUUGUAAAUGAUAUGAGAAGAGAUGGUCUUGAGACAGCUGAACAUCCCUCCAGUUUGACGCAGCAAAUUUUACUACAGAAACACAAUUUGAGAGGAUCAAAUUCAAUUGCGUCUAAUCAUAUUAUUAUUACACUAACAUUCAGCAGUAAACUGUAGAUUAUCCCUAUACUAAACCUCACACAAAUAUGGUGUUAGAAUCAAAUUCAAAACUGAUGUGUUAGAUAUGACAUCCA